UCAAACCCACGUGCCAAAGAGUUCACAAUUUACAAGUCCCUUCCUUCAUUCCGAAAAAAGAAAAAGAAGUAGAGCUCUCAAAAUACUAUGGAUUCCAUCCAAACGAAACCAAGAACCCUCGAGCUGACGGUGCUUUCCGCCGAGAACCUCCGCGUGAACGGAAAACCCGCCACCAAGAACGUGUUCGUGGUGGUACGCGCCGAAUCCCUAACCGCCCACACGACGUCGUGUAAAGGAAACGGCAGCAACUCCAACGGCUUUGUCUCGUGGAACGAGAAGUUUGUUGUGGAAGUUGCGGCACACGCGCGUAGCAUCGCGUUUGAGGUGAAGUGCAAGACGUCCCCCACGGGAUCCGUUAGGGACGUUGGGGUUGCCAGGGUGGCACUAUCUGAUUUCCUGGGAACCGUUGUACCUGAUCACUGCCUUCAGUUCUUGUGUUACCGGUUAAGGGAUUGGGAUGGCUUGAAGAAUGGCGUUAUUAAUUUCUCCGUUAGGGAUUUGGCCGCUGCUCCGCCGCUUGGGAAGGUGGUUGGUGGUGGCUGUGACGGUUUUCAUGGGUUCCCAGAGGUGGUUGGUGUAAAGAGUGAGUGUUGUUCUUCUUCGUCUGCUUCUGAUAAUGCG